AAUACCUCUCCGAUGAGAUGCCCCCGAGCAGGCCUCUCACAGCAGACAAGCAAUCAAGUUGGGAAGUGUUGGUCUGGACUCAGAAGGCUGGGACUGGCCGACAUUUUUGGUUCUGCCUGUGCUAGGCAUGGAUUUGGGACGCUACCUGUGCAAAUUCAGACAUGGGUCUCUGGGAUCCUGUGCAGAAUCGACAAAGCCCAGUUGUUGAUGCAAAUAUUUCUCAAGAAAACUGGAUGACCCAAGAGAUCCCUAUCACUAACGAACAUCUUCCACAAACUGAAGACAACAUCUAUGAAAUCUCUCUUCCAAAUAUGAAGUCCAGCACCAGGGACAUUCCCUUCAAUUCGCCCCAGAACACAGAGCUCGGUUAUGAAGAUCAACAUGAGCAGAGUGGUCAAGAAGUGGUCUUACAACAAGAAAUGAGAUCUAAGGACAAAGAAGGUGAGAUUCUUGACUUGGGUCAACCUGAAUUGAAGGUUGAAAAUGGAUGGAAGAUGUUAGAUCCCACAGAAGAUCAAUCCUGGUGCAUGACCAAAUCUAUAAAUGGAAGGACAGAUCUCUGGAUGCCAUCCCCAGACAGAGAAUCCAAGUUGGAAGUGCUCAGAUCUGGCUCACACUAUGACAUCCGGGCUUACAAAGGGGAGAAGAAACCUUCCAGACUCUAUGAAGAAGAUGACGAGGAGUUACAGUAUAAGAUUCCCUCCAAAGAUGUCUCACCAGAAAUAGCCAAAGAACUGGAAGAUGAACGGCAGGAGGUUAUCAGGAGACAAGUUGUGAGGAAAAGCAACACAAUGGCAGAAAAAUGGAGCUCUACAAAUGAGUUGGAAGCCAUCGGCACGUCCUCUCUUGGCAAGGUGACCACAGAACCCAGAAAGAAGAACCCCACUAGCUUUGCUCUUUGUUUUGACAAUCCUUCCCCGGAUUGGACAAUCAUCCCUGUCAAUCCUGAGAACAUAGACACAGAACAGAUAAAUUUUGCUGCUGCCCGACAGCAGUUUCUCGCACUGGAAAAGACUAAUCCAAAGAUGUUGUUGGAACCCAAGAGACACAUUCCUUCUCCAAGGGAGCUGAAGGCAACAAACCAUGCUUUUGGGAGCAAAGAACCCCGGAAUGCUGAAAUGCCAAGGAACAAUAAGGAAUUAGACGAAUUCAGCCAGAGAAAAUUGAGAGAAAACUCAAUUGGAGGAGACCUCGUUCUCCCCCAAAGAAAAGCCAGUUCUUAUUUAGGAACUGCUUUUGUUUCUGCAGGAAAGAUACCCUCUGGCUUGGAGGUUGAUAUGAGCGCAGGCAACGUUAAUGAGAGGACAUUCGAGAAAGAAUCAGGAAAUCCUCUGGCCAGAGGCCAAGAUCCUGCAAAAGAGCCAGAAGUUAGGAAUGAGACCCCCAUUGAGCGGGAAAUCAGGUUGGCCAUGGAGAGGGAAGAGAACCUUUGGAAGGAGAGGGGCAUCCAGCGAAUCAAUACCAAAGAGGAUCUGGUGGAGAUCCGAUCCAAGCCGCUCCUCUCCUCCCCAGUCUCUUCUCCAGCUUCCUCCAGGAAAGGGAAGGAUAAACCUCACAUUUCCUUUUUUGUCCAGAGGGAGAUUGAGCAGGAAGCCAAGCGUGAGGAGGACCUGCAAAAGGAAGGGAGGUUGCUGGGAAUGUAUGACCGAGGAGGACUUCGCCAAGAGCUUGCAGAACGUCGGAAAAUUUUUGAGCGAGAAGAGGAAGAGGUUCCCCUGCCUUCUCUGGACAAACAAAAGAAACAGGGGGAGCUGCUGGAGACCCUCCAUGGAGACUCUGCAACACUCUGUUGCAAUGUUGUCCCACCCAGAGAAGGGAUUGCAAGCCAGAAUGUGAACUGGAGCUCGGAGCUCCAUCAGCCCUCUUCAGUUCCAACUUUUGGCAAGAAAACCUCAGGAAAUGAGCCAUCCUUAAAAACGUGCUCCGCUGCUUCUUCUGCGAAGAUGGAUUUCCCUACUAGCCGAUUUCCUCCUUGUAGCCAAGAUUUGAAAGCCCCAAGAGACAAGUUUGUGUUAAAGAAGCAACAUUUUGCCAUUCCGGUUCGCAAAUGCCAGUUCUCUUUUCCUGAAGAUCAGGGACCCCGAAGCCUUCAGAGAAAAGAGCAUAAACCUCAGAAACCAGCUCCACGAGAGGAGCUUUAUACUCUGAAGACAUGGCGGCCCCGGACAUCCAUUCUGAUUGACCAGGAGAUCCAGGAUGCUUUGCAAAGAGAACUGGAACUUCAAGAGCAGAGGAGAAAAAACAAUUGGACUGCACAGGAGCUCCCAAGUUCACGGGUGUCAUCUCAAAGUUCAGCUGCAUCGGGAGAUGCUGGCAGGUAUUCGGUCUCCUCUUCACCUGUUUUUGUUCCUAAUUCGCCUGUGAGGUUACCUACUUCGCCCAUCCUGUAUCGAGCCAGUUUGACAACAAACUCUGCUGAAUCAAAUUUCAGAAGGUGCCAAAGUCCAAUACAAUCCAGGAUAAGACCAAAGGAGGAUGGGAAGUAUGCUGGUAUUGAACUCAACGAUGAGAUUGACACUGAGGUUGUGAAAUCCAUCAAGCCCAUUUGCCGGAGGAGCGCCCUGGCUCAGCUUUGGGAAACGGGGCAGAUCCGUAACAUAGAUGAUGACAGUGACUGAUGAAACCAUUCACCCCCCCCCUUGUGUUAUGCAAUUCAAACAAGGAAUCAGAUCCACCAAAACAACUACGGGCAUGUUGCCAGCAGAGCUUUCUUCUGCGUUGUACACACUGAAAACUUCUUCCCUUCCCUUCCCUUUUAAUUUAAUUCAGUGAUCAAAUCUCUCUGACUGACCUACAUUCAAUCACAGAACUGUUUUUUCAAUUAUAAGAAGUUGCCCAUGGCACAGUAUGAUCUGAUCUUGCCAACAGUUUCUGGGGUAUCCAUUUCUAUCUCAAGCCUGCUACCAGAUUUGGCACCUGCCUGCUAUUUUCUUUAGACUCAGAUCGCCUGAAAUCCAGAGAAAAGCUUUGUAAAAUCAGGGACGAUGACUGCCAAGCAAUAUUUUAAUCUCCGAACUUUACAGUGAAGCACUGACUGGGAAAAAUAAAAAGGCGGAAAGAAGAACAGAAACCAACCAACCAACCAACUGACAGAAUACAGCAUUUAAAUGAAUUUCUCAUCUUCAAUCUGGUGCAUGGACUUCCUUAUCUCUUAAAUUUUAACUUCUUAGGAAUAUCUCAAUAGUUGGUCACUCCGCAAAUAGGUUGCAUCCCUGUGUAGCCAAGGUGGUGCAGUGGUUAGAGUGCAGUACUGCAGGCUACUUCAGCUGACUGCUAGCUGCAGUUCGGCAGUUCAAAUCUCACAGCUCAAGAUUGACUCAUUCCUUCUGAGCAGAGGUGGGUAAAUUGAGGACCCAGAUGAUUGGGGGCAAUAUGCUGACUCUGUAAACUGCUUAGACAGGCCUGUAAAAUUACUAUGAAGCGGUAUAUAAGUCUACUGUAUGUGCUAUUGCUAUUAUGUUUCUGUGCAUAUUAUGUCCUGAUUUAUUGAGAGCACUAAACUCCCAGUUGGAAAGACCAUAUCGACCGUAUCGACAAUUCUGGAAAUUGCAUUGCCAAUGUAUCUAGAACAGGGGUGUCAAACUCGAUUUCAUUGAGGGCCACAUCAGGGUUGUGUUUGACCUCAGGGGGUUGGGGUGGGGGUGGGCAGCUCGACAUCGGGGGCACCUGUGAUGGCCCGAGCGCUCUGCCAGCGAAAAUGGGCUCCCGAGAUCCAUUUUUGGCUGUGACAACCUCCUGCAACCCUCUGCCAGCGAAAACGGAGCUCCAGAGGGGCAGCCCUCCUGAGCUCCAUUUUCACUGGCAGAGGCAUUGUGAGCCAGUCCUUCGCUGUUUCCAGGGCAGCCCCGCAGGCCAGAUCUAAGCACCCUGCGGACCGGAUCUAGCCUCUAGCCCUUGAGUUUCAAACCCCUUAUCUAGAAGGUACAAAGUUAAGGAAGACUAGUUUACAGGCAGGCAAGUGUGUGUCAGAUUAAUUUUGCUCUGCUUUACCAGUCACGCCCUCUUAAUUUAUGGUUCAAUGUAUUGUACAACCCUCCAAAAAUGGAUUAAGCAGGUAACAUGAACACAGGAUCGUACGAAGCUGUGUGCAUUAACAGCAGCAGCUGAAUGUUUCAAAGGGUAUCCUUGUUUCUUUGCAAGGAAAAAUAUAGCCAUGGACCUCCUGCAUUUUGUAUAUUAUUAUAGUACUUCCCAACAGAGAAUGCCUAACCUUUUCUAUCUAAAGACAUUCUUCAGCUAUUCCCAUUCUGUCAACAGAUUUUCUGGCUUAAGAAAAAAAGACCGAAAAGCUAGAAGGAUUAUAAACAAAGAUGACUUUGGCUACUUAUGCAAUUAUCUUGUCUCCAUUAUGGCUUUAUGAGAGGUCCAAGGUAUUUUCCCUCCCAUUUGUCAUCUUUUUCACAUGGCUUCUUCCAUCUCUUUUCUUGCCUCAUGAACAAAAUGUUAAUGUGGGGAAAAUGGGAUUGUAGCAAAAGGGAAGUCAACAAAAUUGGGAUACUUAGGUUAAACAGAUUUGCAUUAAGUUGUUCAUCCAGGAGGAACUUAACAUUCUCCCAAAUGAAUAAAAGUAAGAAAAACUAUUUGUGUACUUUUGUGGGACCAACUACACUUCCUUUCUUCUUUCCUUGGAUUUAUCCACCAAAACGGCCAUCCUUGUACACCCAGCCAAUUUCACUCUGAAAUCUUAGAUGGUCUUUUCUCAAAAACAAAUUAUAAAUCACUGAAUUAGUGAUCCCCCUUUAAAAAACAACAAUCUUGGAAGCUGAACUCUUAACCUUAACUCCUCUCUUCUAGCACAUGCCCUUUUCCCCCCAACCAAAAUAAAAUAUCAGCCUGCUACAGCUUUCCACUAUCCUUAGUGUUAUUGUUUCUUCAAUAGAUAUUUGGGGAUGAAGGAUCAAGAGAAGUUGUUGGAACAUGGAGGAAAGGUAAACAAAGUAUGUGAGAGGAGUACAUUCAUAGCAAAACAUACUAUUUGAUGCUUUAAGGAAGGAUGUUUCAAACAAUUUCUAAGAAACCCUUGAUUAGAUUUCAUAAGAGAACUGCAGGGGGAAAAGGGAAAGUUUACUUGAAUGUAGCCAGGUGUAGUGGAAUGUGUCCAUGACCUUCCUUGGGGAGGAGGUGCUGCCUCGGAAACCACCAGACAAGAGAGGCAGGACUCAGGAGCCGCCGGUUGGCUUAAUGGUCAGAGGAAGAACGUUAGGAAGGAUCAAGCAAAUUAAAAGCGGCAGUGAGAAGUUUGUACUUUUAGACUUGCAAGAUUCUGUUAAUGUAAACCUUACAAUAAAAUAAGAAUUAGUUCAACUAGUCCCAUGAUGGCGAAUUUAUGGAUUUCAUGGAGACAGCAAUCUUGCAAGUCUGAAAGUAUGAAGUUCCCACCACCACCUUUAACUGCUUGGUGUCUUGAAAACUUCUUUCUCUGACUCUUAAGCCACUGGGGGCUCCUGCCUCUUUUGUCUGAUAGUUUCCAAGGUAGCAUCUCUUCCCCUCUUUCCCCAAGGUCAUCCACACAACCCAUUGUCUAUCAUUACAGCUUGCCUUGGAAGCAGGGGUCCUGCAAUGUUUUUAGUUAACAUGUUCCAUGGCCUGAUCAAAAAAAAAUUCCUGGAGUAGCUAAUACAGUUAUUCAUACAGUUAAGAAAUUGCUCCUGAAAUCUAGCCUGAAUUUCCUGCCUAGUAAUUUGAUCGAGAUCUCUCUUCUGGUGCAAUAAGUUAGCUCACUCUCUCUUUUGCAUAACAAGCUUCAAAUGUUUGGAAUGAUAUUUUCCUUUCCUUUUAUGUUUUGUAGGGUAAACAUACCCAGAUCCUUUAAUUGUUCCUGGUAGGCUUUGCAUACCACAUCCUUCACCAGCUUGGAAACUCCGUUCCAAAGUGACUCAAAUAUUUCACCGGCCUCUUUGAAUUGACCCCCAAAAUACAGUCCUUCAAAUGGGCCCAGACCAGGGGAGAGUAUAAACCAGUUGCUUCUCAUGAUUGGGACUCUAUGGUCUUCUAAUGCAGGGGUUCCCAAACCCCAGUUCAUGAAUCGGCACCGGACCGUGGCAUGCCAGAAAACAGGUCGCGCAAACAAGUGAAGCCUCAUCCGCGGGAUGCAGGCAACACAUGAAACCACGCCCCUCCGGUCUGCGGAAAAACCUCUCCUCACAGAACCGAUCCCUGGUGCCCAAAAUGUUGGGGGCCACUGAUCGAAUGCAUUUCAAUUGCCUUUUCACUAGCAGUAGUGCAUUGCUGCCUCAUGUUUAACUGAUUGUAUACUGCUCUAGAAAUCACACAAAUUAUGCACAGCAUAGAUGAUUUUUUGGCCCAAGAUAAAGCCCGAUAAAACCUUCAUCACAUGAAACUGUGGUGGAAAAUCCUAGGGUAGCACCAGAGGUGGGUUUCAGCAGGUUCUGACCAGUUCUGGAGAACUGAUAGCGGAAAUUUUGAGUAGUUCAGAGAACCGGUAGUAAAAAAUCUGACUGGCCCCACCCAGUGGUGAGAUUCAAAUAAUUUAACAACCGGUUCUCUGCCCCAAUGAUUUCUUCCAACAACCAGUUCACCAAACUGCUCAGAAAGUUAACAACCGGUUCUCCCGAAGUGGUGCGAACUGGCUAAAUCCCACCACUGGCCCCGCCCCCAUCUAUUCUCUGCCUCCUGAGUCCCAGAUGAUCGGGAGGAAAUGGGGAUUUUGCGGUAUCCUCCCCCUGCCACGGCCACCAAGCCAUGUCCACCAAGCCAUGCCAUACCCACCAAGCCACACCCACAGAACCAGUAGUAAAAAAAAUUGAAACCCACCACUGGGUAGCACCUGGGAGCCAGCAAAAGUAGUUGUGUCCUGCUAAAAAAGAGAAUCAUAAACAAAUAACUAUUAACAUUAACCCCAAGUUUCGUGUGUGCUGUGCUAAUCCAUUGGAUAAGUUGGCAAAGUAGCUGUUCAAAGCUUGGGCAGAAAGGGAGAAAGAUAAUUGUCUGUUUAGGACACUUCAGUUCUUGUGACAACCUUGUCAUACUUUGCCAACCUUCAGCCGGUCUGUUUGAGUCAGUCUCUUUCACCUUGUUCUGUAAAUACUGUGGCUCCCCGAUUUUUACAAUGUUGUCAUGUCCGACCCAUCACGACCCCAUUGUUAUGUCCUCCUCGCCUCCGUCCAAACGAUGGCUUAAUUAGCCGGCUCUUAUCAGCUCUGGCAGCAAAAGACCCAGCGUCAGCCAAGAGCCCUCGUUGGCUGCCAAGAUGCUGGUGAGUCACAACCUUCAGCUCUAGUCAAUCCGUGGAUUUGCCUGAUACAAAGAGACACACCAGCUAUAUCCUGUGGGGUGUGGCUCCAUGACUCAGAACUUCCUAGGCCUGCCCCUCCCCUGCUUCGGUUGUUCUCUUCUCUCCUGCCUACAAAACCUGGGAUUGAGCCAAGCCUGAUUGCUGUCAGCUGGGUCUGCAGGCGUGGCCUGGGUGGGGAAAGAGUCAGGAGAAGAAGGACUCGUUAUCUCUUUCGCUUGGCCUGCUUCUGGUUCCUGGAGCUGAUCCAGGGAGGCCGGUGCUUCCGAGGUAAGUCCUGAUGGCCCUUCCCCCUCACUGUCCAAAUCACUUUUUGGCAGCAGGCCCGGCUCCAAGGCACUUUCGGGCAUGGGGCCAGUUUCAGGGGCGGGAGCCACAACACCCAUGGACAACGUUCCUCCAGGCCUUCCUGUCCUCUACCAUCCUCUGAAGUCCAUUUAAACUCAUGCCGACUGCUUCAGUGACUCCAUCCAGCCACCUCAUUCUCUGUUGUCCCACUCUUCUUUUGCCCUCAAUCUUAAUAAUAAUAAUAAUAAUAACAACAACAGAGUUGGAAGGGAUCUUGGAGGCUUUCUAGUCCAACCCCCUGCCCAGGCAGGAAACCCUACAUCAUCUCAGACAGAUGGUUAUCCAACAUUUUCUUAAAAAUUUCCGUGUUGGAGCAUUCACAACUUCUGCAGGCAAGUCGUUCCACUUAUUUUAUUUUAUUUAUUUAUUUUUUGCAUUUAUAUCCCGCCCUUCUCCGAAGACUCAGGGCGGCUUACACUAUCUUAGCAAUAGUCUUCAUCCUAUUUGUAUAUUUAUAUACAAAGUCAACUUAUUGCCCCCAACAAUCUGGGUCCUCAUUUUACCUACCUUAUAAAGGAUGGAAGGCUGAGUCAACCUUGGGCCUGGUGGGACUAGAACCUGCAGUAAUUGCAAGCAGCUGCUGUUAAUAACAGACUGCAUUAGCAGUCUGAGCCACUCAAGGAGCCACUCAAGGAUUAAUUGUUUUAACUGUCAGGAAAUUUCUCCUUAGUUCUAAGUUGCUUUUUUCCUUGAUCAGUUUCCACCCAUUGCUUCUUGUUCUACCAUCAGGUGCUUUGGAGAGCAGCCCGACUCCCUCUUUUUUGUGGCAACCCCUGAGAUAUUGGAACACUGCUAUCAUGUCUCCCCUACUCCUUCUUUUCAUUAAACUAGAUAUACCCAGUUCCUGCAACCGUUCUUCAUAUGUUUUAACCUCCAGUCCCCUAAUCAUCUUUGUUGUCUUCUCUGCACUCUUUCUAGAGUCUCAGCAUCUUUUUUACAACGCGACGACCAAAACUGAAUGCAGUAUUCCAAGUGUGGCCUUACCAAGGCAUUAUAAAGUGGCACUAACACUUCACGUGAUCUUGAUUCUAUCCCUCUGUUUAUGCAGCCCAGAACUGUGUUGGCUUUUUUAGCAGCAGCUGCACACUGCUGGCUCAUAUCUAAAUGGUUGUCCACUAGGACUCCAAGAUCCCUCUCACGGGUACUACUGUUGAGCAAGAUAUCUUUCCCAGCAUUAGGCUCUUCACCAGUGAGUCCUUCCUUCUCAUUAGAUGGACAAAGUAUUUGAGUUUCAUCUUCAGGAUCUGGUCUUCUAAAGAGCAGUCAGGGUUGAUCUCCUCUAGGACUGACCGGUUUAAUUGCCUUGCUGUCCAAGGGACUCGCAGGAGUCUUCUCCAGCACUCCAGUUUUUGGCAUAGCUUUCUCAUAAGAGCAAUGAGAUGUUCUGAGAUUUUUACUUUUCUGAGCACAUUCCAUGGCUUGAUGUCACCGGCACAGUCCAAAGCCUUUGAAUAAUCAAGCUGCCCAGAGUCAGUGGUGGGUUUUUCCCGGUUCGGUCCAGUUCUUGCGAAUUGGUAGUAAUGGCAGCGAGAGGCCAUUACUGACAUCGUCGCUGACGAUCUGUGCAUGUGCAGAAGCUCCUGUGCAUGCGCAGAAGCAUGCGCGUGCAAGCACACACGCAUGCACGGUCCCAUUGCGAACUAGUAGUAAAGGUAAUUGGAACCCACCCCAGGCCAGAGUCGCCUUAUUGGUAAGACGGGCGGCAUAUAAAUUUAAUUAAUAAAUAAACCCUGAAGCCGGAGAGCGGGAGUCACCUGAAGAACAGUUCAACAGCAGCUAGUGUGUGGAUUACAGUUAAAUAGGGAUUUGAACCCAGCGCUUUGUUGUUUCCACUACCUUUCCAGUGUCCUUUCAGCGUCCUUGAAACUUGUCUGUUUACAAGCACGAAGGUUAAAGGGAAGCCCAGCAGCAACCAGCAAAGGCAGCCCCCUUCCUGGUCCUCCCAUUGCAGAAACUUUUGUUCUUUUCCACUGGAGCAGCUCACAGGAUUAAAGACACGAGAGGCAGGAGACACACCAGGCUGCCAGUGUCCUCUCAGCAUACAUCUCUGCAGAGGCAACAUUGCUGCUUUUGAUCAGAACAGUCCAAUUUGCUCGAAGACAGGUUCAGCUAUUCCCUCUGCAGGUGGCUUUGCUUUCCAUUUAAAGAAAAAAAAUAAAUAGUUAUCUUAAAUGUGGGGAGUCUGUGAUGCUUACCCACCACUCCAUCUUUGCUGCUUAUUUUUCUUUAAAAAAAAAGAAGAAGGAGGACAUGGAUUUAAGAGACACAGAGAAGAGCAUCAAAGAUGAUUCAGGGUCUAGAGCCCUGAUGGCGAACCUAUGGCCAGAGGUGGUACACAGAGCCUGUUAUGUCCUGCACCGGCAGUGGCGGCCCCUAGUGGUGGAGAUGGUUUAUUGUUCUGUUCUGAUUGGCUCCUGCUUUUGGAGCUGAAUAUAAAGAGGGCUGUCAAAGCAGGCCUGGUCUGCUGGUUGUUGCUGGUCUCUGUGAGUUAAAAUAAACGUUAUGUGUGAACAUCUGGGGAGCCUCAAUUAUUACGGAACCCACAGAAUAUAAUAGAGCCCUAUCUGUGGACACACGAGCUGGCCAGCUGGUCUUCGAGGGCACCGGAGCACCAGAAAACGGCCCGAAAAACGGCCCAAAAACAGCAGAGGUGGGUUUCAGCAGGUUCUGACCAGUUCUGGAGAACCGGUAGCGGAAAUUUUGAGUAGUUCGGAGAACCGGUAGUAAAAAUUCUGACUGGCCCCACCCCUAUCUAUUCUCUGCCUCCCGAGUCCCAGCUGAUUGGGAGAAAAUGGGGAUUUUGCAGUAACAGGCUGUUUUUCAGACGGUUUCUGGGCCAUUUUUCAGGUCAUUUUCAGGUCGUUUUUUGGGUGAUUUUCAAGCCGUUUUCAGGGUGUGAAAACAGCCCAAAGAAUGGCCUGAAAACAGCCCAAAAAUGCCCCCCCAAAAAACAGCCGGAAAAUGGCCCGAAAAACAGCUAAAACAGCCCAAAAACAGACGUGUGCCGUGCUGGCCAGCUGGUUUUCAGGUUUCCAGUGAUUCGGCGCACACAAAGAUCAGCUGGCCAGCGCGCAUGUGCGUACCAGAAACCCGAAGACCAGCUAGCCAGCGCACCCAUGUGUGCUGGCCAGGUGGUCUUCGCGUUUCCGGGGCUCCAGUGUAUGCUCAUGCACACAUAUGCACACGCAUUCCGGUUUGGCCACUCGAUGCCAAAAAGGUUCGCCAUCACUGGUCUAGAGGCUAAAGCACACAAAGCAUGGUUGCAAGGACUUGGUAUUUCUAGCCUAAGGAAGAGAAGGACAAAGGGUGACAUGAUAGUUUUCUAAUAUUUAUGGGGCUGUCGAGGAGCAGAACUGGAUAACAACAUAAUUGUU